CUAUCUCAAGCCUCUUUCUCAGCUCUCCUUUUUUUACCUCUUGAAUUUCUCUCUUAGAUCUUAAGUGAAGUUCUGAAACUCUGCUCUCAGAAACUGAAGUCAGACUCUCCUCUUCUCCCCUAGCUUUCUAUCUUCUCUCUCAACGGACACACACACACAGAUAUAUCCCUCUAUCACAUACAUAAAUACAUACAUACAUAUAUAUAUACACACACACAUAUUUGAUGCAUAAUAUCUGUUUCUUGAUGUUUGACAUAUAUUGAUGUCUCCAGUAAUCAGUGAAGUCCUCCUUUCUGGUUUCACCAUAAACUCCACCCUUCGUCGCAGAAGCCACUUGGUUCAAUCCUUCUCUGUUGUCUUCCUCUACUGGUUCUACGUUUUUUCAUGAACACAUCACAUCUCAUCAACCUCUCCAUUAAAUCUCAUUAAAAUAAAUAGACAACUCUUUUGGCGACGAUAAAAUUUUCUUUUUGCAACAAAUUUUUACUUUUUGCGACGAGUAUUUGAACUAAAAUGGCUUCUUCUAGCAAAGCUGCUUCAGGGUCAACUCAGCUACACAAUUCAGGUUCUGAAGAUGAUUUGCAGCAAACUAUGGAUCAAAGGAAGAGGAAGAGGAUGAUAUCCAAUCGGGAAUCGGCACGGCGAUCGCGGAUGAGGAAGCAGAAGCACUUGGAUGAUCUGAUGGCCCAACUGGGUCAACUCAGGAAUGAGAACAAUCAUAUUCUCACGAACGUGAAUGUCACCACUCAGCUGCACGUGAACAUUGAGGCUGAGAACUCGGUGCUCCGAGCUCAGAUGGCUGAGUUGACUCACCGAUUGGACUCACUCAACGAAAUCAUCAACAGUUUGAACUCACCAAACAAUGAUCAGUUCUAUGAAACAGAGGAUGCCCAGAUAUUCAAUGGUGGUGAUUUCUUGAAUCCAUGGAAUUUGAUGUAUGUGCAUCAGCCCAUCAUGGCUUCUGCUGAUAUGUUCAUGUACUGAUCAUGAUCAUAAUCAUGUUCAUGACCUUCAUUGUUGAAUAAUCUUGGGUUAAAUUAAUGAUUAUCUAUGGCUUGUUUGUAUUA